UUCUUCCACGGAUUUCACACUUUAGCCUCCUGCGUGACGACCUGAUUACCGAGGGCAUCACUUUUAUCUCGUAAUGAGCCGCAAACUGCUGAGCACUCUUUUCUUUCUCAAGGAGCCGCACUCUAAUCGUCAGUGGAAAAGCUAUCAACUAUAAGGGCAGAAGAGCAAUAUUUAACCUUGCCAAAAUGUCCCGUAAAACGACGACCAACUGGAACGAGGAGGUACUCAAAUUUUGAAAAAUGAAAACAUAAGGAAGCGGAUGUUGACUGAACCAAUCAGAUUGCGUGACGUUUCAAAACCGGAAAAGGGAAACCCAACCCAAAAAGGGCGCCUGGAUUGAAAGUGAAGACGUUGAACUAAGGGUAAACUCUUUGACGCCGCGACCAUGAGUUUCUCUCCGUGUCCACCUGAUGCGCUCGCUGGCAACAGCAUCCAGCAGCAGAGGGACCUCUGGGAGAGGAAACGGAGCCGAGCAGCCAGAGAAUUGGUGCAGUCGGAGCAGCGGUACUGCCAACAGCUCGGGCUAGUCACCACUUACUUUGUGGAGAUUUUGAAGGCCAAAGGAACCCUGAGGCAGGACAUUCGAGAAAGCAUCUUCACUUCAAUUAAAGCCAUUCACUCAGUAAACCAAUCUUUGCUGGUUCACCUGGAGAACGGUUACUUCGGGAGAGGCUUCGACCAGUUUUGCCCUCAACUGCACCACUACAACGUCUUUGUGGACAACAUUUACGAUGCCCAAAAAGCGCUCCGGAUCCAGCUGAAGAAAAACAAGGCCUUCAGGCGGUUUAAGAAGCUCCAGGAAGGCCGACCCGAGUUCAACAACCACACGCUGGAGGACUUGCUUCAACUUCCUAUCAAGCGGAUUGAUCAGUAUAAAGGUUUUCUGCAAGAGAUGACUGCCAAUACGACUCCUGAUAACCCGGAGUUCCAACAGCUUUCCCGGGCGGUGGCUGCGGUGGAAAAACUGCACCAGCGUAUCCAGAACAAUACCCGUCGCCACGAGAACCACCUGCAGCUGUGCCGGGUGCAGAAACUGCUGAAGGGGCGAAAGACGAAGGUGUUGGCUGCAGGGAGGUGGUACAUCCGGGAAGGCUGGCUGAAGGUGGUCCCUACCAAGGGAGCGGACGCCAAACCCAAAAUGUUUUUCCUGUUUUCCGACAUGCUUCUGCAGGCCAAGCCGUGCAGUGCCCUGCAUCCCACCGACAGUGACAAGUUUGCAGGCCAGCACGCCUAUCCGCUGCGAGAGUGCGCCGUGGAAAAGGUGUUCGGCCACACCAAGGGCAAAGGAGGUCUGCUCAGUCUGACUUUCCCCGAAGCCAAACUCCUGCUCAUGUCAAGCAACCAGGAGGAUUUUAACGACUGGUACCAAAGUCUGGUGUCAGCUGUUAGGAAGCUUCAGCCCAGGUCGACGGUUGUCCUCCAGCGAGAGGAUUUGAACCAACAACCCCUCAGCUCGGCUUCUGACGGCAACAAUUUACCAAGCAGCAGUAGCAGCAGCAGCCAUGCCAAUAGGAAGAGGAACAUGGUAAAGACACACAGUCAGAAAGUGAACAAUGAGCCGGGUGAGCUUGCGCACAGAGCGGCCGUUGAGUGGGAGAGCAGCGCCCCCAAAAGGAUAAAAGACUCCACUACAGAGCACAGUUCAGAGGUGUCCACGUCGAGCUGCGUUAUCCUCUGAGAAGUUGCCUUCCCAAAUGCAGAGGGAAUUCCGCACGUGUGACGCACAUGGGCUCCUCUGGUGAUGGUCUGAGAGUUUCACUUCAGACUUUUAAGUUCACGCCGGGACCUCUGUUGUUUUCUUUAUUUUCCUCUAUGUGAACAAGUUACGCUUUCGCCGUUUCGUGUGCAAUACAAAUAUCGCUUGUAUGUAGACCAAAUAUGUGAAAUUGAUUUCAAAAGGAAGCAAUAUGUCAGUUGCACUCCAUUAUGACAUAUUUAUACCCAAAGCCAGUUACAUUCAAAUAUGCUUUUUUAUGUUUUUUUUUUAUAUACACGAGUGCCUUCUUUUUUAUCCUUAUGUAAGCAAAUGACAUUGACGAUCAUUUUGGGAGUUUCUACGAUGAAUUGAUUCAUAUCCUCGUGAUUCUAAUAUUAUUAUAAUGUUAAAACCAAUUACUAAUCACAUCGAGAGACAAUUUCUCAAUAAAACUCACAAACAGGA